GUGUUGUGCACAAGUCACGCUCGACUGAAAGUAUACGAAUGAAAAGAAAUAAUAGAAGGCAAAUAGGAGAGAACAAUUUAAAAAUUAAAAGCGACUGUUGAUUCUUCGACGGAAGAGAAAAGCACAAUUGUUGGAUUUAUAGAAAAAAUUCAAAAAACCUGGUGAAUUACCAAGGAGAUUGGCUGCAUUGCGUUGGGGAGCAUUUAAUUUUGCAGUUUCCUUUCUCUAAAGUGUCCAUUCCAGAAUCCAGUUCAUGUGUUUGUGCCAUUAGAGCCGGAUGAUAGACAUUUCAUUUGGUUUGACUAAUGGAGGUUGGAUUAAAUGUUCCAUAUGAGUUAGAAGAUGGGGAAUUACAUCAAGAUGACUGCUUGGAUCAUCCAAAUCAUGUAAAAGAAGUUGCUAAUAAUCUUGGCAAAAAUGGAAAUAAAAUUUCUGAUCCUGCAUUACGAGUUGGUGGACAACAGGAAACUUUAGAAAAGUUGUCUGACAAUCAAAAUUGUACGCAAAGUGAUGUAUCUACUAUCAGGGAAGCUGGAAAAGAAUAUGUUGCUGUCAAUUAUCAAGAGGGCAGUAUGCCAUCCCUACAAAAUUCUGAAAGAUCAUAUGAUUAUCAGAAUCAUAUCCAAAGAGACAUGCACAAGAAAACAUACGGAAAUGAUAGAAAGGAGACAGGACAUAUGAUGAUCAGUGAGCCAAUAACACACCCAAAAAGCUGGAAAAGAAGAUAUAAAGAUAUUAAUCAUAUACAAAAAGAUGGUUGUGAUGCCAGAAAAGCUGGAAACGCCAUUACAGAUAUCAUUGUUCCAAGUAGAGAUUCUCACGAGCAAGGUACAAAAAAGAAAAAAAUUGACGAUUCAAAUCAUAUGGGAAAAGAUACAUAUGAACCCAUUGAAGUUGGAGUUGACACUAGAGAUAUGAGCAUAUCUAUAAGAGACACAUGUAAAAGUAAAGAUAGAAAAGAGACAAGAGAUAUGAUAAUUAGAGGGCAUAGAAAAGAGACAAGAGAUAUGAUAAUUAGAGGGCCAAUAUCAGACCAAGAAAGUUGGAAGGGUAGAAGUCAUGCUGAUGUUAAUCAUUUACAAACUGAUGGAUUUGAUGCCACGAAAAGUGGAGAAGCUAUUGGAGGUAUCUUUCUUCCAGAGAAGAAGCCAUCCAAGGGCACUAGUGAAAAAAAAAGUUUUCAAGAUUCAAAGCAUAUGGAAAAAGAUGCAGAUCAACCCAUCAAAGCUGGGGUUGAAUUUAGAGAUAUGAGAAGAACCAUUAGGGAUUGGAUUGAUUCAAAGGCAGAAGACCGUUCUAUCAUAUGGCCUCCAGUUGUAAUAAUUGAAAAUAUAAUAACUGGAUUUAACAAAACUACAAAUAAAUGGGAUGGUCUUAAGAAUAAUGAGAUCAAGAGUUGUUUGAAGAGUAUAAAGGAUCUUGAAUACAAGAAAGUGAUGGCUAUCUACAACCACCACAAUGGUCAUCGCGGUAGUGCUGUGGUGAUUUUUGAUGCAAAUGAAACAGGAUUCAUGAAUGCAGACAAUCUCAGCCAAUGUCUGCAGAGGGCUGCUAGAGGAAGAGAGCACUGGUAUACUGUAAAACCAUGGGGCUUGCCAGUCAAUGAAAUUGAUAUGGAACGCUGGAAUUCAAAGGGUCUUGUAGGUGAUGAUGGAACACGAUUAAUCUAUGGAUACCUUGCAGACCCAUCAGAUUUAAGCCGGCUUAGAUCAUAUGUGAAUAGGGUGUCAGUAGAAAGCUUUGUUAAAAAGGUGUUGGAACCAAUGAAACAAAGAUGCCAGGAAAAUGAAAAAGCGUGCAAAGACAUUCAAGAGCUUGAGGAAGAAAGAGAACAGAAAAGACAAGCAUUGCAGUCUCAGAAGCUUGAAGUUAAUCGGGUAGAAGAAGAGCUGAAGAAGAAAGAUGACGAGGUUCAACUUUAUAGGAAACAACAAGAUGAAGCAGAAAGAUACCAUAAAUUGAAGAUGGAGGAAAACAGAAGAAUGUUUGAUAAGGUUAUGAAAGAGAAAUAUCUUCGCUAUCAACAAAGAGAGACAGAAAUUAGAGCUAUGCUGUACGCAAAUAAAAUACAUUUUGAGAAGGAAACUGAAGAAUAUAUGAAGACUGAAAAUGAACUGGAAGAAGGGAUUGAGAAAGAAAAGAACGAGCAAGAGCAGAAGAGGCAAAGAAUAGUUUUGAGACAACAGGGACUUGAAAAAGACUUGCAAGCUAAAAUGGAAAAGAAGUAUGCUGAACUUCAGAAAAAAUUACACGAAAUGAAACUAGAGCUGCAAGCUAAGCACCAUAAACAAGUCUUGGAGUUAAAGGAAAAGGUUCAGAAGGAAAAACAGCAAUUUCUACAGCGAAAGCUUGAAGAAAAAAAUAAGCUCGAGAAAGAACUGGAAAUUGCCAGACAGGAAACCAAUAAAUUGUCGAGCAUAUCAGCAGUGAAUCCAGAGGUUGCAGAGUGUGUCAUAUGUCAUACAGAGUUUGGUCCUAAAGUGUCGCGAGCAUUUUACGAGGACUGUGGGCACAAGGAUGUGUGUAUGAACUGUGCCAAAAAACAGAAGAUCAAAAAGAAGUGUCCCAUUUGUAAAAGGCAGCAGACAAAGAACUAUUUCCUUGUGCCUUACAAGAUAUUUUGUUAGAUACUGUUAAAUAUAACCUAUAUCAUGCACUCAGCAAGCAUUUUGUUACUGCUUUCCUGGCAUUACUAAAGCUUGCUAUGUCUAGUACAAAAUUUAAUCAAACUAAGAUCACUGUUUUUUGUCAUAAAUGUCUUUUCUUAAGCAAUGGUCUGAGUGCUUUCAAAUCA